AUUGCUGCCUUAGAACAGCAAAAAGGACGCUUUGUGAAUGAACACAGCGUUUCUGGCCGUUUUAAUUCUGCUAUGAGAAGCACUCUUUAACUUCUAUAAUAGAGGGAAAAAAUUGUUUGCAUCAUAUUUUUUGAGUAGAGAGAAAGACACCAUACAAUCGGCGGUUGUCAGCCGCAAUACUGCAGUUUUACGGUAUAACCGAAAAACAACUUGCCAACUGCAAUAGCUGUAUCGAUCAAUUUCGUUGUAGGCCUCUACCUUAUUGACCCGUUUUGCCAUAAGUAAUUUACGCUCUUGACGAGCAAAUCGUGUAUCUUAUCAUUAGUUUCACUUUUAAUUGCAGAUUCUCAUAUUGAAUAGAAGAUAUGGCAGCCUUUAUUGCUAAGCAAAUGGUCGGUGACCAAUUAAAAUCUGUAAAAGGUGCAAUGGGAGAUGGAGACGAAGAGAAGAAGGAAGGAGACGGUGAAGAAGAUCCCGAAGUAGCAGAGGCCCGUAGAGAGGCUGAAGAAAAGAGAAAGGAAAAACAUCGUAAAAUGGAAGAAGAACGCGAAGAAAUGAGACAACAAAUUCGUGACAAGUAUGGUUUGAAAAAGAAGGAAAUUGUGAAAGAAGAGGAGCCAGACGUAGCUGGUAGACUAGGUCGCAAGAAGAAAUCGCCUGCAGAAUUAGCUGCAGAAAAUGAUUCCGAAAAUGAAGAAGGAAGUAAUAUCUCUUCUCGAUUCAUUUUUGUUAUAUUUAGUAUUACGAUCUCUUGAUAGUAUUCUUUUUUGAGAGAAGGAUAAUGCCUCUCUCUCUCUAUUCAUAUACAGUAGUUAGUUCAAUUAAGGCGAUUGUUGAUGUACGGCAGCAGCCUUCUUUUAUUAGAUAUAAACAAAAAGCCCUUCGUUUGUCUUUCUGUCUGUUUUAUCGCGCAUUCUUCGACAGAGACAAAUCUGUAAGCUAAUAUAAGAGUAUACAUUCUAAACUAUAUACUGUAAAUAAGUAUAUUUGUGUACUAAACGUUUGAAAGGCUUUGUAACUCCCUCUAGUUUUAGAUAUUUCUUUUAAUAUCCUUCCUUUCAGCAAAGGGCUAAAAACGAUAGAUCAAAUAGAUUGAUUUGCAUAUUAACGUUCCACGAAAUAUUUCAGAUGACUCGUUCUUACCAACAAAUCUUAAUGAUCUGCAAUCGAAAGUCAGCGAUCUUCCGAACAAGGUGAUGUCAUCAGUUAGUGAAGUUGGUGACAAGUGCACUAUUCAAUAAGGACGAAGAAGAAGAUGGAGGAGCGAAUGGAGACUAAAAGCAUAGGGUAUAUGGUAAGGCAAAAAAAAAUGCGAAUACUAAUUAAAAUAGACAAUACUGUAUAACUUAGUUACAUAAAAAAAUAUGCACCAAAAACUUGGAUGCUCGUUUAAUUAGUCAUUGAAUGAAACGUUUUUUUAUAUACAUAUAUACAUAUAAAAAAUCUGUAUGGAUAUAUGUAUACAAAGUAUAUACAGUAUAUAUAUUCAACUGUUUUAAAUCAGUGUGCCUGUAAGUGUAAAGUAGUUUUAAUUCAAAGAAAUCAAGAAUUUCAAUUAAUUACAAAUAUCUUUCUCUUCUGCAAAUGUAUUAAAAUUCAUAUUCUUAUGCUAAUAGAAUCAAUCUAUUAGUAUCUGAGUAUAUUGUGUAUAAUUCUUAAAAUAUAUACAUAUAUAUAUAUAUACAGUAUAUAUAUAUAUAUAAGGUUUGAGUGUGCAUUAAGGAAAAAUAAGUCCUACACGAAACGUCUGCCAUAUUGUAGUUUACUUUAUUCGUCUAGAUACAGCAUGCAAUUUUUUCUCUUAUAUAAUUCAGAUAGACUUAAUUGUUAUGCAUACCAAGAAAAUUGUUCUCUGAAUACAAGUUAAAUAGAUGAUGCUAUACGAA